UCGGCGCGUGACACACCGAGCGAGCUGUGAUGUGGUAACCUCGGUUGAAGGGCCUCGAGGGAGACGGUAACGAAUCGUACACAAGGCUGGCGGGAGCUAACACACCCUCUACUCGGGCAACCGCUGGAGGCACGGCAGUCAUGAUGAACCCCCGUGACGAUUACAGGAAAAACAUCAUUGGAGGCCAAGCCAGGGACUCCGUUUCUGACGAGUCCGAAGGCGAUGCAGGCGUGUGUGGCACGAUUCUCACAGCCCUCUCCUGGGCCCUCAUCAUCUGCACCCUGCCCUUCUCGCUGUGCGUCUGUUUCAAGGUGGUGCAAGAAUAUGAACGAGCUGUGAUAUUUCGCUUGGGACGACUCAUGUCCGGAGGUGCGAAGGGACCAGGAAUAUUCUUUAUCUUGCCUUGCAUCGAUGCCUAUGCUAGGGUAGACCUUCGCACCCGAACCUACGAUGUCCCUCCCCAGGAGGUUCUCACGAAAGACAGCGUCACAGUGUCUGUGGAUGCUGUGGUGUACUACCGUGUUUCCAAUGCCACAGUCUCUGUGGCCAAUGUGGAAAAUGCACAUCACUCCACUCGCCUGCUGGCGCAGACCACCCUGAGGAACACGCUGGGCAUGCGACCUCUGCAUGAGAUUCUCAGUGACAGGGACACCAUAUCCAGCAGCAUGCAGCUCACACUGGACGAGGCGACAGAUGCCUGGGGCAUAAAGGUGGAGCGUGUUGAGAUCAAGGAUGUCCGUUUGCCUGUACAGCUUCAGAGGGCUAUGGCAGCUGAAGCCGAGGCUGCACGGGAAGCUCGUGCGAAGGUGAUUGCUGCUGAAGGUGAACAGAAGGCCUCACGAGCCUUACGUGAAGCCUCUGAAGUUAUUGGUGAUUCUCCAGCUGCAUUGCAACUGCGCUAUCUUCAGACUCUGAACACCAUCUCGGCAGAGAAGAAUUCCACAAUUGUAUUUCCUCUACCUAUUGACCUUCUCACCUACUUCGUGAAGGCUCAAGAAGCUGUGUCCAAAUAGUAGAUACACAAUUCUCUUCUAUCAGUACUGAUAGAAAGGAAAAAUUUGUCUUAAAACAUUCCUGGAAGAGGUAACAUAUGGUGUACAAGAACAAAUACAGUUUUCUUGGGAAUAUCUACUGAAACCAAUUUACUGGUGUGAAAGUAUAUCUCUAAAUGUUCAUUUCACAAAAAUAAACCUCAAUCUUAGUGUUCAAAAUAAACUUUCUUUAAAAUUUCCUAUUAGCUCAUAUAUCAGUUUAAAUUAAACAGUUGGCCAAGUCUGUGCUCCCAACCAAGAUGGCUUCAGUUGGCAAGCCUCCAUCCUAAUGUGCUGCCUACUUACAUGUUCAUAACAGGGACCUGUACCAGCAGGCGCAAAUCAGAGUAGUGAAUCUAAGGGGAAUGCUCAAACAUGUUGAAUACUGUCAGUUCUGUGGACUGACUUUUCAAAAAGGCAAGGGUUUUUUUGUGUGAUAUAUUGCCUUAGUCAACUGUUGUCCAAGGCUGUGUAUAUAGUAAGCAGGAGACUGAUGUCUGCAACAGGGUGCUCCUGUCCUACAAAUAUAAAGAUCAAGGAGCAAGCAAUAAUUAAUUAUUUUCUUUCAAUGGGGUACUGAACUUGAAGCUGGAAAACAGUGUAAUCAGUUAAUAUUUAUUAAAAAGUAAAAAUGUGAUACUGAAUACAGUGUCCGGUUCCAUAAAUUUUUAUAGGGUGCUAGAAUAAGAAUACAUUUCCUUAUUACGUGUGUGGCUUGUCCCCAUACUAUGGAAGAAAUAUGUUCUUAAAAAUGUGUAUCAUGAAAUUUCAUAAGAUGAGCCCUAUUUUUAUGAUGACUCUUAUGUUAGAAGUGGAGAUAUGUUCCUAA